ACGAUCUGUUUAUUCUGCAUGCUGAAUUUUUUUUUUCGUUGUUGGCCGCUCAUACAGUACUGAUGCCCCACUUUUCUUGUAGCUUUUUAUAGCUCAGCCUGCGGGACAAUUAUCGUUCGCGCCAUUUUCAAACUGCCUCCUGUCACCAGCCUUCCGUCCUUGCCCUUUCUAAACCACGCGCAUUGACAAUCCGCAUGUUGGUGAAUUAGGUGCUCGGUUUGAAGGGCAUCCCACGCACGCGAGUACAGUGCAUGCCCGGGUGGAAAAAAGGUCGUUUAUGUGCGUGAACAUAGUAAAUGGUAAAUGGUACGCAAUUUCGCCCACAGGAGACGCAUGUUUGCAUUAUUGUAAUUGUUACCAUCGGGCUGUGAAGGUUCAGACGUCAAGUAGCUACGUGUCAGUUAACAAUUGUUUAAAGCGACAAUGACCUUAAUAUGAUAAUUUUUAAUGCGAUGAUGGACGCCGACCGACACAGCGAGGGGUCGUUCUCGGAUGACCUGCCACCUUCCAGCGGCAGUUCGCUUCUACCACUAGAGCAUCCAUUUAUCUAUCCGUGGACAAUGAUGGGGACGCAAGGCAUCCUUUUAGCUGUGCUCAUCAAUGUCUGUCUCUUGCUGUGUAUCUCGGUAGACUGUUACCAUCGCCGUCUGCUCGGAGGUGCAACCAUAGGUAGAUUACCACCAGGGCCGGUGGGCUUACCUUUUCUCGGGUCGCUCCUGGAACUACGGGGUAACCCGAUCCAGCGUCUGCGUGAACUUGCUGUUAGGUAUGGACCUGUGCUUACGAUAAAGUUGGGAUUUGUUCGGAUCUUCGUUCUGAGUGAAGUGGACGUCAUUCAUGAGGCACUAGUUACCCAGGGGGUCGUUUUCAACGAUAGGCCCAGCUUUCUGGGGGUUUUGAGUGGAUCUGGCAGUAAACGUGGAAUAGUAGCCCUGGAAUACGGCCCUUUCCACCGGUAUCAGCGACAAUUCAUCGUGGAGAUCAUGCGGACGCUGGGCAUAGGACGCAAGAAGGGAGAGAAAUACUUUAAGAGGAGCUUGACGGAGCUUUGCCAGUAUCUAACGGAAAGUGAUGGAAAACCUCUGAAUGCCAGAACCACUGUAUCUCACUAUGUAUUCUGUGGAUUUUUUGUCUUCUUGUUCGGCUUCAGCUGCGUUGACAAUGAGUCCCUGAUUGAACUCCGGGAUUCUCUAGCCGAGUUUCUCCACCUGAACCCGGUCCUUAUCCUGGCCUCAACGGUUCUUCCAAAGUUCCUUGUCCAAAAGUUCAUGACUGGCAAGAAGAAACUUACAGAUUGUUUCUUGGAGCUUCUCCAGAAACGUCGCCAACGAUACCAAGACCAGGCCUGGCCAACCCAGGCCGACACCGUCUGGGAGUCUUACCUGGAUGGUAUUGUGGGCAUUCAGCAGCGGUUCACAAAGCCCGUCAACACCUCCAGCAGUGACGACGGAAACCAUGACAACCGGAAGCACAGCAGUUCAGGAGAAAAAGCUGCUGCCGCCUUAGCUCCCGAUGAGCACUUCAUCAACGUGCUCUUUGACUUCUUUGUAGUGGGGAGCGAGACAGCGCUACUUGGCCUUCUUUGGGCAUUACAAAUGGUGAUGCUCCAUCCACAGUGGCAAAGGAGAAUCCAAGACGAACUAGACCAAGUUGUCGGGGCAGAAAACAUCCCCUCUCUGUCACAUAAGAGCAGACUUCAUGUUACCAUGGCGACAAUCACAGAGACGUAUCGGUAUCGCCCUGUCUCUGCUCUGGGAGCACCCCAUCGUGUGAUGCAAGACACAAUUCUCAAGGGCCAUCUCAUCCCUGAGGGCAGCUAUGUCUUGACAAACAUCUAUGCAGCUCACCAUGACAGUCAAAGGUCAUGCCCUGGUGAGAAUUGGACUCGCUCCUUAAUGUUCCUGUUCACCACGACAAUCUUGAAGAGUUUUACCUUGACAUUUCCGGACAAUGAAGAACUUCCAGACCCGAUGGGGCAGCCUGGAAUCAACUAUUCACCAUGUGACUUCAAAAUAUGUGCUACACCUCGCUAAUUCAAUUUCAAUUAAAAACAUUU